GGCAUCACACACACACUCACUAUCGCCUUGGAUUUAAUUCACAAAAAUACACUGCAGUUAAGCAGCAAAAGUGGUGUUUUAAAUCUGUGAUGUGAUGUAAUUGUGUGUUUGGCUGCGAAAAACAUCCCUAUUGUCCGCCAUUUGGCGACCGAAAUGCGUCUCAAAACGUCUCAUCACUUUUCGUGGCAAAAGUUUUCAAACUUUUCAAAGUUUUCAAACCGACUCUAAGUGUGCGCUGAAAGCAAUGAUUGUUAAUGUUUUAAUGAUAACCAUCUCUGGGCUGCUGUUGGAUGUGAACGUGAAUGCCAUUGAAAACUAUACGACAAUCGACACCAUCACCACUACCAUAACAUCGGCGCCAAACGCAUCCAGACCUGAAUAUCGUGUAUAUCUAGUCCGACAGACACUCGACAAAGACCUCAAUGAAGCCAUACUUAAAGCUGCCGACGAGGAGGACAGUCAGCGACAACCCACAGACAAUGAUAAGAAGUAUCAGAACAACUCGACGGUUCAGAUCUACAUCAUAGCAGUGAUAGGUGUGUCCCCAGCCGUCAUCGGGGGCUUCAUGUGGGCGCUCAGGAAUCUGAAGCGUAAAUGCAUUAGAGAUAAGGCAUCGAAGAGAUCCAAAGCCAAGAAUACGAGUGACUCUAAUACUCCCAACCCUUUCCUUAUUAACGACAUUCCCAUCAAUCAAUUGACGUAUAAGUUGGUGGAAAGGGCUGAUAAGUUCAGCACCGGUAGUGAUUCGUCGGGUGCCGUCUGGUAUAACAGCUAUAAACCGUCAUAUUUGGUCAAAAGCCGCAGAGUUUACUCAUUGGAAGUCUCGCGCAAGAACUUAGACAUGAUUGAGAUUCUGGGAGAGGGUAACUUUGGACAGGUCUGGAAAGCCAGAGCCGUUAACAUUAAGAAUAGCAAUAAGAGUCAAACGGUUGCCAUCAAAACCAAUAAAAUCAAUACGGAUGAUAAGGAUGCCGAAGACCUUCUCAAAGAACUCGAUAUAAUGCUUCAGUUGGGAAACCAUCCAAAUGUUGUCAAACUUCUUGGAUGUUGCACUGAGACAGACUUGGUUUUAUUCGCGUAUCAAAUAUCCAAAGGCAUGGAGUUUAUUAGUAGUCAUGGAAUAAUCCAUAGAGACUUAGCCGCCCGUAAUAUACUAAUCGACGAGAACAAGACGUGUAAAGUCGCCGACUUUGGUCUCUCGCGGAGUAUUAGAGACAAAGACUGCGAUCAAUACGAGCAGAAAACAAGUGGACAGAUGCCCGUCCGGUGGAUGAGUCCUGAGUCCCUAUCAAUGGGUCUGUUCUCUACCAAAAGCGACGUCUGGGCCUAUGGUAUACUAAUCUGGGAGAUCGUGACACUCGGCUCCACACCCUAUAUCGGGUUAAGCGCACAGGAAGUCAUAAAAUACGUGAACGAGGGUCGGAUGAUCGACCGCCCGGAGCACUGCAGUGACCACUUCUACGAGUUGAUGACAAUGUGUUUUAAUUACGAUUGCGAUAAUCGGCUCACUUUCACGGAUAUUAGGAUGAAAUUGUCGCAAAUGAUUGAAUUACAGUGCGGUUACGUAGACCUCCAGCACUUCAAUCAUUCAAUUUAUUAUAAUUUAAACGCUUCUUCCGGUGAAAAAAUAUGAGUUUUUCUCAGUACAUAGUCAUUUUAAACACCAAUUCAUAUGACUUUGAUUACAUUCAUCGCUAAAUGCAU